UAUGAACGUACCCAUUCCCUUUGGUCAGCUCCUCAAGCAAGUGCCUACCCGUCACCCGUUACACGCUGCAACCGACGACUACCGCCAUCGAUGCUCGGGUCACCAGUCAUCACACCUCGGAUACUCUCUGAGGAAGCCUUGAAUGAGGUCUUCGCACCGAAAUACAAGGUCCUCUGCGGCGUUGACGUGAGACAGCUCGUGACUGCGGCCCGCGAUGCCCUUCAGCUUCGUUCCACCGUCGCUCCCAGUGAAGUGCUUAUACACGACGUUGGGCACUUCAACAAAGUCUUCCUCGUUCGUUUUGGGCAAACAGCAGUCGUCGCACGAGUCCCGUUCAACGUACCUGCGGCGCGUGACCCCAUUCGACUGAAAUCUCAGGUCGCCACACUGGACUUCUUGGCACUGUACAGACCGCAUAUCGCGGUGCCGAGGGUCAUCGCUGCUGCUGUUACUAACAGCAGCACGAACUCUGCGGGUGCGCCUUAUGUCAUUUCCCAAUUCCUCACGGGAACUCCUAUCACCUAUAUCGAGUGGUGCGACAAUCUAUCGAGCGCAAGUCGUGACGCCGUCGUCGAUCUCCUUGCCGACCUCUGGGUCAAGAUCACGGCGCCGGUUCCGUUCAACGCAAUCGGAAGCAUACUCCAUGACCCUUCCGGUGUCGUGAAUGGCAUGUGGCGCAUAGACGCUAGUGGUUCUCGGCGUGGCUUUCGCAUCAUACCUAUGAUUCCACAAUUUCCAGACCGUUAUACUGAGGUCCUCGAACCAUCGUUCGAGCGGCGCACGGGGCCGAUGAAUUUAGCGGAUUUUUGGGCCUCCAAAAUUCAAGAGCAGUUCCGUAACAUCACUUCUCGCUACCCGAACAAUGACCUCUCGGUCAUCGUCAAGGAUGGCCUUUUUAACGAGCACUCGCUAGGUGAACUCUGGCAAUGUGCUAAAGCCGUGCAGACUAUCGCAGCUAUCGCGGCCUCCUUGGAUCCGCUGGCAACCCCGCACGGGCGCGAGCCGAUCAUGGCUCUGAUGCACGCUGAUUACGCUUGCUGGCGUAAUGUUCUCUUCUCGGCGGACCGCACGCGCAUCGAAGGGAUAGUCGAUUGGGACGACGCCGUCGUCGUCCCACGAGACCUCGCGGCUGUCUAUCCCGAGGAGUUGACACACGAGGCUUCGUGGCGCUCUGACCCGGACGACGUGUUUGCUAUCCCGCCCGGAACACUGUAUGAAGACACGGGUCUGUGGAACACUGCGAUCCAGGAGACACAGCAGAGACGGAGGUUCAGGGAGUUGGUACAGAGGCAGGAUCCACAGCUUGCGGCUCUGUACACCGACCGUCGUGCGAGGCUCAGGAGACGGGUUCACUACCUGGUCAUGUAUGGCUGGUGCACUUGGUUGUGGAAACAGAAGUGGGUCUUGGGCGAGGGUUUGGAUGAGGCGCGUGCAUUGGCUGAGCGCAGGGUUUGACCUCAGGCCACGAGUAGGAUAGAUGGCAGUCCACGGUCACGAGCUUUGACACGUAUUCGGUUGUCGACAGGAUUUAUGAUGUUCUAGUACAGUGUGUCCAUGUAAUAUACUGGUGGAUUGUUGUA